GGGGAAGGACACAAGCCCCUCGUAGGAGAGAAAAAACCUGGAUGGCUUGAUAUUAGAGCGGGGGGGCCUUCUUUUAAUAAAGACAAAACGAAGGAAAAGCUCUCGAAAUAAACGACAACUUCAACAACAGAGGACCUAACAUCACAACUGAAGGUUUGAGAGGUUCCCUCCUGUUCCAGUGGCAAAAUGAGCUGGAGCUUCCUCACACGUCUGUUGGAUGAGAUUUCCAAUCACUCCACCUUCGUAGGCAAAAUCUGGCUCACCCUCCUCAUCGUCUUUCGCAUCGUGCUGACAGCGGUCGGGGGCGAGUCAAUCUACUACGAUGAACAGAGUAAAUUUGUGUGUAACACACAGCAACCUGGUUGUGAAAACGUGUGCUACGACGCAUUCGCGCCGCUGUCGCACAUUCGCUUCUGGGUCUUUCAGGUGAUUAUGAUCACCACCCCCACCAUCAUGUACCUUGGCUUUGCUAUGCAUAAGAUCGCCCGCAUGGAGGACGAUGACUACCGGCCCCGGGGCAGGAAGAGGAUGCCUAUAGUGAGCCGUGGUGCCAACCGGGACUACGAGGAAGCAGAGGAUAAUGGGGAAGAGGACCCCAUGAUCCUGGAGGAGAUUGAGCACGAAAAGGAAAAGGAAGUUGUGGAGAAGCCCAGCAAAAAGCACGAUGGACGCCGUCGCAUCAAGAGAGAUGGCCUGAUGAAAGUCUACGUGUUCCAGCUGCUAUCACGUGCCAUCUUUGAGGCCUCGUUCCUCUUCGGACAGUACAUCCUUUAUGGGCUGGAGGUGGCACCAUCGUAUGUAUGCACGCGCUCUCCUUGCCCGCACACAGUGGAUUGCUUCGUCUCGCGCCCCACAGAGAAAACAAUCUUCCUGCUCAUUAUGUACGCCGUCAGCGCCUUGUGUCUGCUCUUCACCAUGUUGGAGAUCCUCCACCUCGGCAUCAGCGGUAUUCGUGACUGCUUUUGUGCACCGCGGCCCCAGCCUCCCACCCCCCGUCACCCAGCUCUGGCCAGCCAGAGGUCCUCCAUCUGCCGCCAGCCCUCUGCGCCUCCAGGCUACCACACAGCUCUGAAGAAGGACCCAACAGGAAAAAUGGGCUUUAGGGAUAACUUGGGAGACUCAGGCCGCGAGUCGUUUGGGGAUGAGGCCUCAUCGCGGGAGCUGGAGAGGCUGCGCAGACACCUAAAACUGGCCCAGCAGCAUCUGGACAUGGCUUACCAGAAUGAGGAGAACAGCCCGUCACGCAGCAGCAGCCCAGAGUCGAACGGUACCGCAGUCGAGCAGAACAGACUAAACUUCGCCCAGGAGAAGCAGAGCAGUACGUGUGAGAAAGGUCUCCGUGCGUAGGUCGUCACCAGCAGAUCAGUUCACAUCAGGAGCAGUGAGCGCACAUAAGGGAAUUAAACAAAGAGUGUGUGUAUAUGUGUGUGUGUGUGUGUGUGUGUGUGUGACGUCAUGUAAUUGCUUGAGGUGGAUGAAGUCAGCCCAAGCCUUCCAGUGUUACGGCCGGCUGUGGUCGAACGUCGAGUCGAACAAGGAGGAGAAUGGUCGUCUCAACCCAGCAAUACUUGAGACACCAGCCUGUCUGAAGAUCCAAAGUGCUUACAAACGACCGUUGUGCAACAAGAACGGUUAAGGUUAACUCGUACUUCUCCCUCAGGGCAGCUAUUCAUUUUUGUUAUUUUUAUUAUGAGACUUAGACCUAUUAGUUCUUUUUAAGAGUUUUUUUCUCUGUUGGAAGUUCACAGUGAGUGCAUCUCAAGUUUGCCUUAGACCUAAACUGGAACUCCAUAUUAUGGCAUUUUGUCAAGGCAAGGCCAAGCCAAUUGUAGUG